CCGCAAGCACAUGGUGAGGAAAGCGGUCGGAACGACAAAUUAAAGCUGAUCGAUGUGAAAGUGAGAGCAUCACAACUGACAUUUUACAAGUGAACACUUUCUUUUUAAGGAGAACAAAAAACAGACGCAUCAACUGUAUUAAGUAUCUUUCAAAAGCGUUGUCAUGACGAAACUGGAAAGUCUCAGAGUGACUCAAUUUCAGUAUUUUGCCGUGGUAGUGAUCACUCUUUUCACUAGUUUCCUACUCUUCCCUGGAAGAAGGCGAAUGGACUCGUCCUCGACGAUCAUCGCCAUGAUUCACUUGGGUAGUUUCACUGCACAGUAUGGGGCACAGCUCUGGGUCACCCUCGUUGCCGGUCUAACGAUGUUCUACAACCUGCCACGCCACAUGUUCGGACAGGUUCAAAGUCGACUGUUCCCAAUGUUCUUUUUAUGGAGCUUAGUGACUUCAGCUGUUACGAUGGCAACGUUUGUGACUCUACGCCCUUUGGAUCUUUGGGAAGCAGCCCAUAUUGCACAGGGUAUAUGCAUGUUGGUGGGCUUCCUGUGCGCAGCAGUCAACUCCCUCGUCAUCGCUCCUCUCAUCGUGCGCAACAUGGUCGCGGCCUUUAGCAUGGAGGUCGCUGCCGGCCUCGGCGAUGUCAUCGGCUACGCUGACAUGUCGGAGAUGAAGAAGACGAACCCAGCCUACAGUGCUUGCUACAAGAAGUUCCGACGAUGUCACGGACUCAGCGCGCUCUUGACGGUUCUGUCCCUUGUGGCCAACACUGUUCAACUGUAUUAUCUGGCAUCGCAUUGUGUCCCUUUGUGAUGUCUCCAAAUCACACAACCUGGUGACAAUUGUGCCAAUGACAAAUGUGAUAUUCAUGUUUUCACACGAACGAGAGAGAGAGAGAGCGAGACAGAGACUUGUAACAGUUUAUCAAUAAAUACGUCCGCAUGAUAUGAUUUUGUUUUCUCCGACAUACUCGAGGGCAGACUCGAAUCCUGUGCCUCAAAGCGGGAUCUCAUCAGAGUGAGCCGAACCAGUGGCAUCGGUUUGUUUGAAGAAUGAAUUCUACAUUUCCUUGUAUGAAAGCUUUGUAUAUAAAUAAAUUGUAUCUUUAUUUAUGGUGGUGUUUGGAUGAGAUCGACACUAGCAUAAAGUCGAGGAAUAAACAAUGUGACGAUUAACUAAAGA